GUCCUACUACUCCCAUUUCCUUUCCACCUUCCUCUCUCUUCUCUACAUUAUAUACUCGAAUAGUCACAAGUUUUCAUAUCCGAAAAAAAAAACUCCAUUAAAACUCUAUAUUCAACAAGAACUUAGAAAAACAUAAUCCCAAAAUCAAAAAAAAUCCCAAGUUCAAAACUUUUACAAAUAUGGCCAAAAAAUUGAAGAUCUCUUCUAUUUUCAAGAAAAAAGAAAUAGGGCUAGCCACUUGGCAAUGGCCAUCUUGUACACAUUCCAAGACUCUAUCUUUUAGAGCUGAUGACAACAUUUUCAAGACUAUAAAUUCAGUUUUCUUUGACCCUUUUGAUGGAAUUGAAACCCCACAAUCUUCUUUCACAAAUUCAUCAUCAGAUCAAUCAUCAACUAGCAAUAUCAUUUCAAUAGAAUCCCAUGAAGAAAUCAUAAAAGGGGCUAGAUCAGAAAGGCUAUUUUUUGAACAAGUGGCUACAAGUUCAAUUUUUCAUCAAGAACCAAAAGUACUACUAUGCAAAAAAAAUCAAGAACCACAAGAGGAAAAUCAAGAAAAUGAUUUGCCAUUCAAAGAAAGUGUAAUUUUGGCUAUGGAAUCAAAAGAUCCUUAUUUGGAUUUCAAGAAAUCAAUGAAGGAAAUGGUGGAGAGUCAAGGGAUUAAAGAUUGGGAUAAUUUGCAAGAAUUAUUAGCAUGGUAUUUGAAAUUAAAUGGGGAAGUGAAUCAUGGUUUUAUUUUAGGUGCUUUUGUCGAUCUGCUUAUGGAACUUGUUAUCCCUACUACUCCAAGUACUAAUUCGGAUAAUUCAAUUACUUCUUAUUCUUCUGUUGUUUCUUCUUCUUUUUCUUGCCCCUCGUCUCCUCUGUCUUCUUUAGGACAUAAGGACACCGAGGAGCAAGAAAAUGCGAAUGUCCCUUAGAAUAUAGUGUAAAUAUUUUUAAAAAUAUUA